CAGCGAUAUGGGGAAAUCAAAAUGGUAGCCGGGUAAGGCUCUCAUGCACUUGUAUUAAUAUCACAUAAAGUGCGCAACUGGGGUCCACAACUCGAUCGUUACUAUGCUAUAAAGAUCUUCCGCCACGCAUCAGCUCAGACCGAGUCUGACUAUUACAGACGUGCGACCUCGGAAUUCUCGAUCACUUCCUCCCUACAUCAUCAGAAUAUCAUCGAAGCCUUCGAGAUCCUCCCCUUGGAUUACGAUAGUCUCUGUGUGUAUGAGGCAGAUUGUUUCCUGAAACAGCUGUUGUGCGGGAUUCUCUAUAUCCACGAGAUGGGGAUCGCUCAUCGUGAUUUGAAGCCGGAAAAUCUUCUGCUUACCAACUAUGGCCGCCUCAAGAUUUCUGAUUUUGGCCAUGCAGAGUGCUUUCGUCUUGCAUGGGAAGAUCAGGUUCAUAUGUCUACCAGGCGCUGUGGCUCAGCACCAUAUGUAUCACCGGAGCAGUAUCUUGCGCAACCGUUUGAUCCAAGAUAUGCCGACAUAUGGGCUGCCGCUAUUGUUUAAAUAGCUAUGAGAGCUGGGAGGAAUCCUUGGAAGAAGGCAACAGUCAAGGACGAAUGCUUUCGAGACUAUACUGAAGACUGCAAAGCUGGAAGCCAGUAUUUCCUCAUCAAAGACAUAACCCAUGAGCGGAGAUGCGCGAUCCUACAUUCCAUGCUGAAUGUCACACCCACGCAUCGACCAGGAGAGGCGGAGACUCUCCGUUCCCAGUGGCUUCAGGAGGUGAAUUGUUGUCAAGCUAACACCAACGCAGGACUUCCUGGUUAAGGCCUCUUAUAUUCUGCAUUCAACAGAUAAUAAUAUGAGAUGAGUCACUUAUCUCUGAAUCUUGCAGUAGCUGGCAGCGCAUGACAAUGUGGCAAGCUCUUAUUUUGGCAGCACCUACCUAUAUGAACGUCUUCAAAGGGGAUGCCUAGCAAGAUCAACUAAACAUAAGCGAGAUCUGGCUUCAAGUGAAAAGCCCAAACAAGCACAAUCAUCAGGAUAGUUUUGAGCGCGAGAAGUAGCGCUUGAACUAUGUAAUGACUCUAUUGACCUUAGCACUCUAUUACACUGGGAAGAUGAGAGGCUAUUAUUCCAAUAGACGGCACGCAAACAAGUUGGGAACCAGAGACAUGGAGAGAGCCCCUCGGGUACGCUUUCAUGCGACGUAGCUUUCCAGCAGCAUUCAGACUUGUUUCGUUGAUUGUCUUCAAGAGUCAAAAGUCAAUGUCAAAUGGGACGUUUCACGCAACCUCGCAUCCAAAUAAUCACUUUUCCUUUGCAAACAAACGCGCUCGGUGGAGUGUUUCUGGAUCUUACUCGCAGUAGUAACAUAGAAAACCCCUUGAAGAGCAUUCCAGUCUCAGCGAUUCUCACAGUCUCGGCUGCAUUGACCCGUUCGGAAAAAUUUCGAGCACUUCACCGAGACACAGCAGGUGGCAAUCACCAAUGACGUUGUCAUCUUUGUGUUUGGGCACAGAUCCCAGAUCUGGCUCAUAAUCUCGGCGCCAAGGCUAUGAGCUUGGCUUCCCAUGACGGCUGGGGUUGGUGGCAAUUUCUGAAGCCAGGAAUCCCGAAGCCCGCUUUCGGCAGCCUGGUUUACGUGCAAAGAUUCAUUUUGUGUCAGAGCUUGGGUUUUCAUACAGUUUUGCUAAGCCCCCUGUCGGGACUAAGUGUGUGGAGUACUAUAUUCUUAUUUUUGUUUUCGCCCGAUUGAAAUCCCCAAAUUAUAUC